AUGUCUGCUAAUGUUGAAAAACGUGAGUAUUUGGAAAAGAAACAGAAUACUACGAAUAUUUAUACUAAAUAUAUACAAUUUUUGCUAGUCAGGUCUAGCGUCAGCGAACUCGAACGCCUGCUCGAUCGUUUAAUGUCCGAGGAACAACAUGAUUUAGCCACAUCUCUUCCCUCCUUAAUUUCUGGUCUCGAAAGCUGCCGGCAAUUGCUGGGUGAGGCUUUAGUUGACGCAAAUACGCGAGUUCAUGUAUGGGAUCAAGUCCGGAAGGCCGGUCAACUUUGUGCGGAAUUGGCUAAAAAUGUGAAGGCUCGAGAUCCAAUUGGUUCCUCUGGUGCUAUCGAACUUCUCGUCACUUUCUUGAUGCUGAAUACAACAACAGAAUUCUCGUUAGUCGAUCACCAUUGUCUUCGAGCGAUUGCUAACCUGUGCAUAGAUCAUGAGCAGAAUCGCAAGCGAAUGCUAGACGCUGGUGGCGUUAAGGCUGCAUCGCAAAUCUUGACCAAAUAUGAAGAUUUAAUGCUUUUGAGAACGGCGUGUGGAACCUUACUGAAUGCUGGUCUCGAAUAUGAUCCGGUGAACAUUGAGAUUUCUAAAGUUGGUGGGGUCCUGCCAUUAGUACGCCUGCUUUCACCAGAUAAUUUUCUACGGAAGGCAGAUGAUACAGAUCUCGCAAUUACUGCCGUGCAUUUUGCUACGCGAGUUGUGUUGAAUGUUGCUGGGACAGAAGAAGGAAGAAAAGAACUCGCCAAUAUUGAGGCCAUUUCGGCUUUGGUACAACUUUUGAGUUAUACAUCAUCUCCGACUGCAACUGAGGAUGAUGCUGAUAUCUUGGAUAAUGUUGCUGAAAUAUUAGAGAUUAUGGCUUUGGAAAAUGAUGAAACCCAACAGAUUAUCGUUCAGAACGGUCUCUUUACACCACUCUUAGACUAUUUGGAGUUUGCCGAACCGCCAAAGACAGCGGAUGAGCGUCUUGAUAAAUUGUAUGGAGAAUGGAAAGCGGCUAUUUUGAAAGUAAUAGUUUCUGCUACAAUGAAUGACAGGAAUAUGGAUAUUCUAUUCAAUGAUACGGCUAUACUUCAGCGAUUUUUUAGUUGGCUUACUCGCGGACCCGAUCGCGAUGAUCUACAGGCGUGUGCUGCCUUGUCAUUAGGCAACCUUGCCCGCUCAGACGAGCACUGUAUUAGACUUGUACAGAAAAAUCGAGUGAUAGAACCAUUGAUUGAUGCUCUGCGAAAUUCGGAGAAUAUAAAAGUUCAACAUGCAAUUGUUAGCUUAUUAAAGAACUUGUCACUUCCAGCUACCAACAAAUCGAUUAUUGGAUCUCUUGGUGUCAUUGAGCUUGUCUCUCAAAUAUUGGCAAAACAAACUAUACAGCCUGUUCAGUUUGGAGUAGUUGGCAUCCUCAAACAUCUUUCUUCGUUAAAUAUACAAAACUCGAAACGUAUUAUGGGGGGUGAUAAUUCUGCGGACACUAGUGUAACUACCCCUUUGGAACGCCUUAUGACAUUGAUUAAGCACACUGACGAUAUGCCUGUACGGAGCGAAGGCACUCGCAUUCUGGUUAAUCUCAUAAAGAAUUUAUGGGGUAAAGACGUGGGUUCACAAUUAGACACGAACUCCAUCAACGAUCUCCGCAAGAAAUUGAAUACUGCAGAAGUUGUUAAGCAUAUUGAGACGUUGAUUAUAGACUCUAAAUAUCCUGUGCUGCAAAAUGAGGGCGUGAUAGGCUUGACUAUGCUUGUUAUGGACGAUUCAGCUACUGCCGAAGGCAAUACCAAUCCUGCGUUGGAUGCUCUGACAACUGACUCUCCUCGCAAGCAAACUGAACAACAGCAAAUGACCGAAGAAUCUGCUGGUGAAGCUUUGUCUGCAUCCUUGCUUGAUACGUUGGUUGCUGUCGUGGUCAAUAAGUCCGACAAAUAUCCUGACGAGAUUAGAGGCAAUGUUUGCAUUUUACUAGAGAAGACAGCAAGUGCAGCUCAUGGUUCUCGAAAGCAAUAUUUGCGCGAUCGAAUCCUGGUUGCCUUCAAAUCAUUAUUGGAACAAAAUGGAGCUAAGCCGAUCUCUGAAUCAGUCAAGGAUAACGUGGAGAAAGUGUUGCUUUGUUUAGAUCAAUAA